CUUCCAUGUCUUCCAGACAAUCUUUCAAACUUCCAACCAAGGUAUAUAUCCAGAAAAACAAAUGAACCCAAAUUUUGCCCGAGUCCAUUGAGGUCAGAGAAAUCAAGAACCUAUAUAUAUAUAUAUAUAACUGCAUGGUAAAGUACUGGUGGGUGGGAUUGAAACUGAGAGUUGGAGAGUAUUUGGAAAGUCAGAGAGAGAAUAAUGGGUUCUUCUUCUUUCAACCAACAAAGCAACCAUGGGACUAUGGAUGAUCAAGGUCUACUGGAAUAUUCAAUCUCAUCAUCUUCUGAAGUUUCGAGUCUUGGGUCUGACUCUGAGUCCAUGGAAGAAGUAGCCUCUUCUGCUUCUGAGUUGUCGUCUUCUUCUUCUUCACCCACAUCACCAUCCUCUGGUUCUGCUUCAUCAUCUGGCCAACUUUCAGGUUCUGGAGCUCUGGGGGACAUGUCUUCUCUCCUCCAACAACUUCCCUUCAAGUGCUUGGAAGACCUAGCAAAGCCAGAGAACCCUUACAAGAAGAAGCUAAAGUCAUGCAAGAGCUACGGUGGAUUAUUAUCAUCUACAGAAAGCCAUAGAUCAAACCACCUUUCCAAAAGUAGCACUUCUUCAAGGCUCAUCUGCAAGAAGCCUUCAAGAGGGUCUUGUUCUUCACUUGGUGGCAAGAGGGUUGGGAAUGGCUGCUUUCCAGGCAAUAGGCCUCCUAUUGCUCCUCCUCCUCCUCAUAGAUCUACCACCACCAGUAGCUUUUCUAAUCAAACCCCUUUGUUUGCUUGA